GCGGUGAGGGGGGCAGCUGCUGGGUUGCACCGGUGGUUGGGGGAGGCUGCAGCCAUGUCGGAGCGGAAAGUGUUGAACAAAUACUACCCGCCGGACUUCGAUCCUGCUAAGAUCCCAAAGCUCAAACUCCCAAAGGACCGACAGUAUGUGGUGCGGCUCAUGGCCCCUUUCAACAUGCGGUGCAAGACAUGUGGCGAAUACAUCUACAAAGGGAAGAAGUUUAAUGCCCGUAAGGAGACUGUUCAGAAUGAGGUGUACCUGGGGCUUCCCAUCUUCCGCUUCUACAUCAAGUGCACGCGUUGCCUGGCAGAGAUCACUUUCAAGACAGACCCUGAGAACACAGACUACACCAUGGAGCAUGGUGCCACUCGCAACUUCCAAGCUGAGAAGCUCUUGGAGGAAGAGGAGAAAAGAAUGCAGAAGGAGAGGGAAGAGGAGGAGCUCAACAAUCCCAUGAAGGUCCUGGAGAAUCGAACCAAGGACUCCAAGCUGGAGAUGGAGGUUCUAGAGAACCUGCAGGAGCUGAAAGAACUCAACCAGCGCCAGGCAAAUGUGGACUUUGAGGCCAUGCUGAAGCAGUACAAGGAGUUUGAGGAGGAGCAGAAGCGCAAGGAGCAAGAGGAGGAUGAGCAAGAGAUGAAAGCUAUGCUGGAGCAGGCCCAGAACCGGCGGCUACUGGUAGACUCCGACUCUGAUGAAGAGCCCACGAAAUCGCGAGCGAAGCCUGUGGCCAAAAUGAAACCUACAGAUAUCUUGCAGGAGGACCCUCAGCCCCAGAGUAAGAAGCUGAAGACUGAGAGCUGGGAGCGGAGUGUGGGCAAAUUGAACACCAAGCCCCAGCUGGCCGGGCUGGUGACAGUGAGGAAGCAGAAGCCAGGUCCUGCCCUGGCUAAUGGGACAGAGAACCGAGGCACCACGGCCACCACUGGCUCGUUUCCCACAGCAACGGGCACCACGUCCUCCCUCGGCUUGUUGGGGACGUAUUCGGACAGCGAGGACAGCCCGAGCGACUGACGAGCCCCCAAGCCAGCGUGGAGCAGGGACUGCAGGAGCAGGGACUGCAGGCUGUGCCCUGCUCCCAGCUGACAGCAGCUGCUCCUGAGCCCCAUGCAGAGCUGGCAUCGCAGCCGGCAGGCCCAGCGGGGUUUCCAGACCAUCUGGAGUCCCAGCGCCUUCACCUGCCUUGGCCCGGCAUGCGCGUCCAUCCUCCAACAGGGACAAGGCCCCAGCCACCCUCACUGGCUGACACUGCUGGUGGACAGAGCCCUGAUGGGCUGGUGGAGAAGACCCCUUCCUCCCAGGAGGGUCUGGCUGCUGCCGCGCAGCCAGUGGAGAGUGCUGACGCUGUCCCAGGCUGGUCAUGCCCAGACGUAGCUCUUGGCCAGCCCUGGGAGCAGGAUGUGUCCCAGCUCUGCACCCACAACGUGUUCAGAACUGCUGGGGCCAGCCAGGACUGCGUCAUUUCUCCAUUCUGGUGGCGCCCACUGCCCUCACCUCCGUGCUGAUCGGGCCCUGGUUUGUGACACACUGACCUCCCCCAUGGUGGUAAAGGGACCUCAGGGCCUUCCUUCGCUCCAGCCCCUUGUCCGAGCAGCAGUAAGGCAGGAGCUCAGCACCCUUCUGCUGUGGGAGGACUCGCCACCACCACUGCUCUAGCCCAGGGCAGCUCCUGACCCCCCACCAAGGGCUCAGAUCCCACCUUUGUGGGGUGAGCCUGAGUCCCCCAGUGUUUGCUGGUAGAAGUGACAUUUCCCACAGCACAGACCCAGGGGACUCGUCUGGCCAUGCACCGUGGGGCCAGGGCUGUCCUGGCUGGGCUGCCACCAGCCCCCUUCCCCUGCCCAAGUCCUCCCGUGCCCCAGCUGUCCCCAGCAGCUUGGUGACAACACCCCCACGCCGGUCAGAGAGCAAUUGGGUUUACUCUGCUCACUGGCAGCCACAACCCGGUAAUAAAUCAGAUGUGUCAGAGCCA